AUGCUUCAAACUCCCAGUCAGGAUUACUUCGAGAGCCAACUCCGAAACCGUUUUCAACGCGGAGCACUAGUGUGCAGCACGCCAAUUUAUCAACCACCGGAACCAAUCGACAUCCGAAUUAAUCGUCGCCAAGAGCCAAUUUCUGACACAGAAACCUCAGACGAGCUCGAAGAUGGAAUGAUCGACACCAAUCUUCGAACACCAAGGAAUCGCGGAAUGUUGGCGAGAUCGAGCGCGAAGAAACACCAGAAGAUUACACUGACUAUUCCAGAAACGCCGGUUUGCGCGCGGCCCACACAGGCGUCACUAUCAAGACCAGGAAGUCGGAACGAGAAGGACUGGAAAACCACGACCCUUCGUCGCGUUUCUUCGCUAACUGAAGCCGAACGCGCCGCAUUCUUUGCCCGACUCGCCGAGCCCAAAUAUCGACGGGAAAAAGCGCUCAAGAAAUAA